CUGCUUAACUCGACGACGACUGUAAAAAAAAGGGCAAGACGAGGUAGAGGAGGCAGUUUUGGAUAUAUAUUGAGCAUAUAUCUCUGAAUCUGACAGCCAUGCCUUCAACUGUCGCCUCAAAUAGCGCCGAGGGGCCAAUUGUGAAGAGGCAGAAGCUCCAGGACAAUGUCGCGCCUGGGGGAGAGCAGGCUCGACAGUCGCGCAUCUUCACACCGUUUAGGACUGUCGGCCUAGUAUCAUCUACCGCGGUGCCCUUUACUUCCAUCCCACUCGGAAAGACGUCCUUCCAAAUCACCACAUCCGUCGGACGCUGUCUUCAAACCUACGACUUGAAGCGUGGACUGAACCUCGUCUUCCUCACGAGACCACAAACUCCCGAGAACAUCACUGCGACGCUGGCAUGGAAGGACAAGGUCUUCGCGGCAUGGGGCGGCGCAAACGGCUCGCAGCCGGGACUGUGGAGUUUCAAGAGAGGCAAGAAGGUUGACGAGUACGAGAUCCCACAAUACUUGACCCAGCCCAUCAAGCAGGUCCUCAUCCUUGGGACCUGGAUUGUCGCCUGCUGCGCGACGAGGAUUGAGGUCUGGAAGUCGGCAACCCUCGAACAUUACACCUCGAUUCACACAACCCCGGGAGCUGGAAAGGGCGGGAACGAGCUCACCAGCAUCUCCAACAUGCCCACAUACUUGAAUAAAAUAUUUGCGGCGCGGAAAGACGGCAGCAUCGAUAUCUUCAACGUCAGCAGCGGAAAGCUCAUCUACACAAUCCUCCCUCCACUGCCGAACUGCGGCUCGAUUACCGCGAUGCAACCUACCCCAGCACUGUCCCUUAUGGCAGUUGCCUACUCGAAUGGUCCCCUCGUCAUCCACAAUAUCCGAACGGACAAGACUAUAAUUUUACUGGAGUCGAAGAGCUUGGUUGCUUCUAUCUCGUUCCGAACGGACGGACUUGGCGCUGGCGAAGAGGGACGAGAGGCUGGAGUCAUGGCGACUGCCGGCCCAGACACUGGAGACGUCACAUUCUGGGACCUGAACAACGGUGGCAAGGUGGUGGGAGUUCUCCGUGGAGCCCACAACCCUCCCGUCGCAGAUGCCGAGACUUUGGUUGGAGGAGGGAUCAACAAGGUUGAAUUCCUUGCUGGCCAAAGCGUCGUCAUCACCAGCGGUCUCGACAACUCCCUGAAAUCUUGGAUCUUUGACGAAACACCAUACUCCGCCAUCCCUCGUAUCCUACACUCUCGCAGCGGACACGCCGCGCCGGUCACCCGCCUCCAAUUUCUUCCAUCUGAAGCCGACGGGGCGGACGCCAAAGGAAAGUGGCUGCUCAGUGCUGGCAAGGACCGCAGUUUAUGGGGCUGGAGUUUGCGCCGCGAUGGGCAGAGCACGGAACUUAGUCAGGGCAAUAUCAGAAAGAAGGCUAAGAAGCUUGGAAUCCUUGCCAGCAGCACCCUGGCGAAUGAGCCGAGCACUACGCUUGAAGACCUGAAAGCACCAGAAAUCACAUGCAUUGCGUCGUCGCUCAAUCGUGACGGCGGAAUGGGCGCACAUACUGGUUCUGGUGGUAUAUGGCAGAAGAGCCAGCAGCGCGCAAAAUUCCCUGGUGAUGCGACACAGAGUGGAACUACGGGAUGGGAGAGUGUUGUGACGGGUCACCACGACGACAAGUAUGCGCGCACCUGGUUCUGGGGCAGGAAGAAGGCUGGAAGAUGGGCAUUUGAGACUGGUGAUGGCGCGAAUGUUAGCAGUGUAGCUAUCAGCCCUUGCGGUACCUUUGCCAUGAUCGGAUCCGAAGCGGGAGGAAUUGACAAGUUCAACCUCCAAUCAGGACAGCAUCGCCAGCGCUUCCCAGCGAAGUUGACCCAGGCGCAAGCCAAGAAGUGGAAACUACAGCAGAUGGCCGAGAAAGAUGGAACAGUAGCUAUCCCAACCGGAAAGCGAUUCCCCUUGGGUCUGGGACGACACACCGCCACCGUAACAGGAAUAAUCGUCGACUCCCUAAACAAGAACGUCAUCUCCAGCAGUCUCGACGGCAAGCUCAAAUUCUGGGACUUCAACACCGGCCACCAAGUCAACGAAAUUGACUGGGCGCCCAUGACCCGCAUCACCGCGCUACACUACCACGCCGCCUCCGACCUCGUCGCCGCCACCUGCGACGACGGCUGCAUCCGCAUCGUGGACACCGAAACCAAAAAGACCAUCCGUGAGCUCUGGGGCUCCCAAGCCGCCAUCACGGACGUCACCUUCUCCCCCGACGGCCGCUGGAUCCUCGCCGCCUCGCGCGACGCCGUCCUGCGCGUCUGGGACCUCCCAACAGGUCACCUCAUCGACGCCAUCCGUCUCCGUAGCGCCUGCACCGCGCUCGCCUUUUCGGGCACGGGCGAGUUCCUCGCUACGGCGUGUGAGGGCGAGCUGGGCGUGAAUAUCUGGAAUAACAAGACCCUCUUCACUCACGCACCUACUCGCCACAUCUCCGAGAACGAAAUCGUCGACGUCGCUGCCCCCACCGCCUCGGGCGAAGGAGGCGCAGGUCUGAUUGACGCCGCGUUCGCCGAGGAGUCCGAGGAUGACGACGCGGCGCCCGCGGCUGCGAUGCCCGACCAACUCUCAGCGGACAUGUUGACGCUGAGCAUGGUGCCUAAAUCACGCUGGCAGACACUCCUCCACCUCGACCUAAUCCGCGCUCGCAACAAGCCAACCGAAGCGCCCAAAGCGCCCGAAAAAGCACCCUUCUUCCUCCCCAGUCUCGAAGGCGGACGUCCUUCAUCCUCGCUCGUUGCUGGGGCGGUCGAUACGCCUACGGAGCCGGAGAGCAGGAUUACGCGCCUAGAGCAGAUGAGCGGAGCUGAGCAGGAUGUCUUUGCGGCGACUUUGCGUCGUGGCGCUGAUAGUGGGGAUUUCACGCCGUUUGUAGAGCACCUCUCUACUCUGUCGCCGUCUGCGGCGGACUUGGCGAUCCGAGCGCUUGCGCCGGCGCCGGGGGCGAGGCCGGAGGAGUUGGUUGCGUUUGUGAGGGCGUUGACGGCGAGGUUGGGGCAGAGGAGGGAUUAUGAGCUUGUGCAGGCGUGGAUGGGGGUUUUCUUGAAGUUGCAUGCUGAGGCGUUGGGGGAUGAGGAGGUGCGGGGUGUGUUGGCGGAGUGGAGGAAGGAGCAACAGAGGGAGGGGAGGAGGGUGGCGGAGUUGGUGGGGUAUUGUGGGGGGGUGGUGGGGUUUUUGAGGAGUGCGAGGUAG